AUGGCAGCUCCAUCUGUCGCAGCAGCCGAGAUGCUGCCUCGAUUUCUUCUUCCACGCCUUAGCUGGGGCGCUCCGGUUUCAGUCUCGCAAGCAGCCCGACCAUUCGCCUCGAUCCCUUCUCCUGACCAACGACGGUCUUUUGCAUCCUUUCAGGCCGGUCCUGUUACUCAACGUCCUUAUUCUCGAAACAUUAGCCCCAUAACGAAGAGAGCUUUCCAUGCGACGGCCCUGAGGCAACGAGAUCAUCACUUCGACACUCUUAAGUUUGUGAAGCGAUUACAGGGGGAGGGGUUCACAGAGGAGCAGUCGGUUGCGAUGAUGAAGACGCUGAACGAUGUUAUUGAGGAGAGCAUCCAAAAUCUCACCCGAACAAUGGUCCUCCGCGAGGACGCCGCCAAAGCAACGUACACUCAGAAGGUCGAUUUUGCCAAGCUGCGAUCCGAGCUUCUCUCUGCCGACUCCACCGAAUCCAACACAACACGAACCGCGCACGAGAGAUUGACGAACGACAUCGCCAAGCUGAGCAACCGUCUUCGAGAUGAGAUCAGCCGCACGCAGGCCAGCGUCCGUCUCGACCUUAACUUGGAGAAGGGUCGUAUUAGAGAAGAAGCCGUGGGCCAGGAACUCAAGAUCAAGGAGACGGAGACCAAGAUCGAGCAGGAGGUUGCAGCGCUGCGGGAGAAGCUGGAGCAGGUCAAGUUCCAGACGCUGCAGUGGCUGAUGGGUGUCUGCACUGGUUUCGCGGCGUUGUUGCUUGGUGCUUGGCGAUUGCUCAUGUAA